AUUUUCGCUGAUCAGCAUCCAAUAAAAAUUCCUACAGUGCCUCCACCCAUUCUCUCUCUCUAGACUGAAGAAAACUUCUGGAAAUCCAUUGCAUUCAAACGCAAUUGGCAUUCAGGGUUUGGUGGUGAAUCAGUGGCCAUGAAGUCGGCUCAGUCACCUUCGUCGUCGACGAAGCAUAAUCUGGAUCAGAACAGCAACGAUAUUGACGACAUGUGGGGUGAUGAUAGAGAAUUUGAAUUAGGCAGGGAGUGGCAAAGGCGUCAUGAUGAACUUCAUACCAUUGGCUAUCACGAAGGUCUUUCAAAGGGACAAGAAGCUGCUGUGCAAGAAGGUUUUACUGUAGGAUUUAAGGAAUCUGUAUCCGUUGGAUAUAAGUGGGGCUUAGUUAAAGGCAUUUCUAGUGCACUGGCAAAGCUUCCAGAUGGUUUAAAGGAAAAGUUAGUUGAGAGCCUAGAAGCAAGAGAUAAGCUUCAAAUGUUGCACACAUCUGUCAGUUCUGUUUCUAGUGCAGAUGCUCUUGGUUUGUAUCGUGAUGAAAUCUUACCUUAUCAAUCAAAAGCAUAUUCUGAACCUGCUGAAGGGGUCUCCAGUUCAGAAACCUCGUUAGAUCACAUUUCAAGAUGCAAUCGGCUAGGUAGUUAUUCGGAAGAGCUUGAGUUUCUUCUUCAAUCUUCUGCGAUUGAAGUGCAUUCAGCAGUGGCAUGAGACAUGGCCGACAUGGCAACUCAUUCCUUCUAUACAACUGCAGCUCAUAUAACAAUCUGUAUCACACUAGUGUACAUAAUACAUGAUUCAACUUCGUGACUCAUAAUCCGCUGAAUCCUGGUUAUGAUUCUAUCAGCAUUUUCGCUAUUACACUAGUUGUUUCUGUCAGUAUAUUUACAGAUACACCAAUAUUAUGAGGAUUUGAUUUUCGUUCUGCGAAGAAACGUAUCUGAAACUACAAAUGUUCAUCUGUUGCAGCAAAUUAAGAUUUUGUUUGUACUUUUAUUUCAUUACAUAA